AUGUCUUGGGACUUUCGGCGCUCUCGAGGCCUUGUUGGAUCACAUGCCUCGCUCUCACGUAGGCAUGCACCUGCGCCUGUUCAGCCAGGCUCGCAGGUCUGGUCUUUGGACAACGAUCAUGACGACAACCAUACCGCUUUUCCCACGGCUCAAGCCUUAGAUGGCGGGGCCACGAAAGGGCAUAAGCAGCCAUACUUGUCCACCACGCUUGACCGGCUUGAAAAUUGGCUCGGUCUGAGAAGUGAGCCAGGGCCAUCCAUGACGCGCCAUUAUUCCCCGCAUCAUCACCAAGCGGACCAGUCUCAUGCGCCGUCGGGUCCGGAUCAUUCACCCUGGCUCUCUUCCACAGACAUGGCACACAGUUCCAAGCGUCCUGGGCUCAAGGCACUUUCCAAGAGCACCAUGGUGGAUGUUAUGGUUCAUCCCGUCGCUCCUUCGGAUACCAUCGAUCGCAUUGCCUUGCGGUAUGGAACAGACUCUCACACAUUACGGCGCAGUAAUCGCUUGUGGUACGGCGAUCCUGUCCAGAUGCACGAGCAGCUCUAUAUCCCGAUCGAAAGCUGCCGUCACCGCCCCGCUGAUGCGAGGAUCCAAGCUGUGGAACGCAACGCUGAUGGUUCCUUGCAUCGAGCACCAAGCAGCUCGCGCACGGACGAAUCGAACCCUGUUACUAUAACCAAGGUCGAUGCAGAAGCUCUGCGCUUCUUCCCAGGCGAUCGGGCUCGGCCAACGCGUGGCCUACCGGCAGGCGGUGACAUGGGUGCAUCUGGCGUAGAUGACUUGAUUCAGCUCCAGCAAAUGCGUAGGGAACGUGGCUCGCCGAUGAGACCGCCUGAACCCGAGCUUCCCAAGAGUAGCACAAGAUCGAACAUGACACCGAAGUCUGCUGCCUCAACGAGUGCUCCGUUUUCUACAUCAACAACGGACAUGACGUGGCAGCCCAACCACCGCACGCUGGGUCAGAAACGACCGCUCCUGCGCCAGGUAGGGGUAAAGGAUACCAAGUCCACUUUAGAUGAUGAUCACGAUGCCCUGCUUAUUUCGCUUGACCAACCCGAGGAACCCACCUCACAUGGUCUGAAUGACCUGCUUCGAGGCCCACACGCAAAUUCAGGCGCAGCUGCAAACUGGAUGCGACCUAUUCAUGAAAGCUUGCCCGAGGAAGUUCCGCGCAAGCCAAGCACAUCCAAGCAUUUGUGGUCGGAUCUUAUGAGCGGACGCGUUAGUAUAGAAGAUGCUUUCCAAGUGGCAGUGGAUGAAUGGCGCACUGCAUCCGCGCGAUCCCGGCAACACCAUGGACCUACACUCCCUAUGUAG